UACAAAGAAAGGCAGAGAAGUUCGAACCAUCCACAAAACUUGACAAUGGCAGUGUCAGUCGAGUGUGAAUUAGUGUGAUGAGUUUCAGAAAGUCACAGAAAUAUACUGACAAAGACCCCCCUAGUCUGACAGCAGAGAGUUGUGUGGGGAGGAGGGGGUGUCUGAUGCUUUUGGAACAUCCAACAAGCCGUCUAUAUAGACUACAUCCGGACCCCUCAUCCCUCCUCUUGAUUACUGAUGAAGAAUGACAGAUGAUAUUGGCAUCAUUAAUAAAAAGCAGACAGAUCAAAAUAAGACUCAAAUACCGGCUCUAUGUUAGAACACUGAUUUGAGGAGGUAAGAGCAGGGCGGACACACACGGGGACAUGAGUCAUGAGUGAGGGAGAGUGUUAGAGAGGUCCGGACGGAGACUGAGGGACAGUGAGUGGCACCUGCAGAGAGCUGCUAAUCCCAAAGUAAAGUAGAUUAGUGCAGCGGCCUCCGGCUUCCCCACAGUCUGUCUGGAGGAAACGGAGCUGCCAUGAGCCGCUGAGUUGCUGCGGGCUGAGAAACUGCUGGUGGUGCGGCUGUGUUGACCAGAAUGUUGCUCGAUAUCACUCACUCCACUCUCAAGUCCUCGACACUUCUUUAAGCUGCUUGACAUCUCCUACGUGACACCCUUCACCUGACAAGGAGUGGCAGCAUGUCUUUCUGAAGAAAAUUGUGGCAUGAAACCAGAUCGUAAACGUCUUUCAUUCAUCACCGCCUCCUCCUCCUUCAUCUCCCUCCACCACUCUCCCGUUAGGAACUCUCACCUCAGCUCCACCGCAUUGAUGAGGUAACGCCAAGCUCAACACAGCGCAGCACCAACACCACCCUUCCCCGCUUCUUUCUGUCAACCUCUCCACCGCAGUCAUGGGGCAGAAAAUCUCUGGCGGCAUCAAAACGGUAGAUGGUCGUGGGGAAAGCGUUGGCUCCCCGUCCUACCGGCCUUCAGCGCAUCGCCGGCAGCACCCGGAACUGAGGGGCCCCGAUUUCUCCAAACCUACCAGGCUGGAUCUCCUUCUGGACAUGCCAAGUGCCGGACUUGAGACCCAGCUCCGUCACGCGUGGAACCCUGACGACCGAUCGCUCAACAUCUUCAUAAAAGACGAGGAUAAACUGACAUUUCACCGCCACCCGGUCGCUCAGAGCACAGACUGUAUCCGGGGGCGGGUAGGGUACACAAGGGGUCUCCAUGUGUGGAGGAUCCACUGGCCCUCCCGGCAACGUGGUACCCAUGCUGUGGUUGGGGUGGCAACCUCAGAAGCUCCUUUGCACUCUGUUGGCUACACUGCGCUGGUGGGGUCGGACUGUGAAUCCUGGGGCUGGGAUCUGGGGCGCAACAGGCUCUACCACGACAGUAAGAACAGGGCCCACAGCACGCUGCCCUCUUACCCCUGUUUCCUGGAGCCUGAGGAGUCAUUCACCCUGCCGGACUCUCUGCUAGUAAUUCUGGACAUGGAUGAAGGGACGCUGAGCUUCAUGGUGGAUGGACAGUAUCUAGGUAUCGCAUUUCGAGGACUGAAAGGCAAGAAGCUGUAUCCUGUCGUCAGCGCUGUGUGGGGACAUUGUGAGAUAGCCAUGAAGUACGUCAACGGAUUGGAUCCCGAGCCUCUUCCUCUGAUGGACCUGUGUCGGCGCGCGGCCCGCAUGGCUUUGGGUCGGGAGCGGCUUCAGGAGAUCGAGGGCCUCCCUCUGCCCCAGUCCCUGAAAAAUUACCUCCAAUACCAGUGACUGACACCAGCAGAGCCAACUGGGAGUACAAGGACACAAACCAGACCUCCGGAAAGUCUAAAGAUGGAUGCAUUAAAGAAACUAAUGAAUGGAUGCAAAGAGGGGAUGAUAGAUGGGAGCAUGUCCACACUGAGAGCGCCACAGCUCCACAGCAGAUGGGUGAACGAGAGAUGGUGGGUGAGCUGAAAGAGGAGGUCCAGGCUUUUUAACAAAGACAGUACCAGCUUCUCUUGGAUUUCAAGCUGCUUUUUUCAUUUGUUUUUUGACUUGAAAUAAAUUAUUGAUGAUGGUAUCCCAUCAGCGUUUCACUCAUCCAGAAAGAAAACCCAUCGGGUGAGGGGAAAGAGGCGAAUGUGUCCAGUUGACCACCGCCACCUAGUGAUGAAAAGAGCACUGCGCAGAGAAAGCACACUAAUCCUAUCCUGGAGGCCUUUCUGACAUACAGUCAGUGACCAUAUCAUUGCUGUUGGGUACCAGAGUCUGUGUUCUCAUCUGGCAAAGAUGAACGGCUGCCAAGAGGGUUUUAGCACUAAGGUUGUUUUUAUCUGAUUGACUCAGGGCCCGACUAACAGCUCACUUUGCAUACAGAAUAGACAUGGCUGCAAAAUGAAAUAGGGACACUGAAUUUUCUCCUGGCUUUAUGCAGACAUUUUUUAUGUGAGUGAAGCCCUUUUCAGACACGGUCAUGGUGGUUACGUAAAAGUGUGUUCAUUUAUGGAAAUAUUCACCAUACUCAGUGUUUAGCACCAGGAGAGCGAAAAGUAGUCAUGAUGAUAUUGAGGAAAUUGAUUUUAAAUGUACAUUUUAAACAUGGGUUCAAAUCUUGAUUCAUGUGCUUUGUCAGUGUGAGAAUUUCCCAUCCGUUCCAACUUAUUAAUUUCAUCGUUUAUUUUAUUCUGCUGCUUUUUUUAUACUAUAAUGGACUAAUACAGAAUGACAUAGGGACUAUGGUGCCUGUAUGCUGUAUGUAAACACUUUUAUAUACAGGAUAUUUAUAAUUUCGUCCAUGCAGUUAGCCUGAAUGUUACUUGAAAAAGGAUUGGCGGUGUGUUGGUGUUCAUGUUUAUUUUUUUAAUUCUACCUCUUUUGUUGCAUGGGGAAAUAAAAAUCCUUUUAAUCAUCAGACUACAAUGUCCUCAACAACUUAAUGUUGCUCCUUUACAGUGUUUCAGUGUCUCAUAAAGAUUUCUUCUGCAUAAUAUUUAUUUAUUUACGUGGGACUUUUCAGUGUCAGUGCUCUUAAAGCUGAAUAUUCAUAAAGGAAAAGAAAACACCAAUCCUAAAAGAACAAACACUCAUCGUAUUCACAAAUCUCUAAUGUUUAAUAACCAAACUUUUAAAAUUUCUAAUAGGAAACUGAGGAAACUGAAAGAGCAAAUACUCUUUUGGGCCUCUAUUGAGGAACCGAGACAUUUAAUGGUUUUUAUUUGUAUAAUUUUUGCUGUCGUGGCCUUUAAUGAUAUUGUGAUGAUCUCCAAAAACCUGCACAUCUGGGAAGUGUUAUGGAACAUUCAUUGGGUCCGAAUGAUUCAGAUUGCUGUCAUAACUUUAACGGAACGGGCUGCGUGUCUGAAAGGGGCUUAUUCACAUAGAAAAACUGCUUGAUGUUUAAAGUUUGAAGGGGCACUGAGAACCAUUCCUCCUCACAGGACAUACAAUCAUGAAUUAUGAUGUCAUUCAGGACCAAAGGGAUUCAUAUUAAGCCACGGAGUGUGUCAAUGUGUCUGAAGGUCGCAGCCUGUCGCAGUAUAACCGGUGCUGAAAUGCUGAUGGUGGAGAGAGGAGCCUCACCUGCUGUUGUAGCACCCUGCUGUAGCUCACUGGUACUAGACAGUAUCUGUCUGCUGUCCGCACAACUGUCUUAAUGACCACAAACAAACAGACAGGACCAGAGCAGAUCUACUCUCACUGGAUCUAUAAUAGUAAAGGCUGGAGCAGAGAGUAGGAACAUUACUGCAACUGCAGAGGCAUAUUCUGGAAUGCAGAUUAUACACACACACACACACACACACACACACACACACACACACACACACACACACACACACACACACACACACACACUGUAGACCAAUUGUGUUUUUCUUUCCUUAAAAAAGGCUUGAGUCACUUUUUUUUUAAUGUCUGAGUUUGUAUUCUUCAUUAUAAUUAUUCAUUUUUUUGAGUUUUGAGCCCGAUGAUGGCGACAUGAUGAUAAUGAUGAUUAUUUAUCCCAAGCUAGUUUUACGUUUGAUCUUGUUACGGAGGAUGAUGGUUACAUUCAGGUAAUUUAAUACAAAGAUGCUGUUGAUGAAGGGAGGCAGAACUCAAAAGUUGUUUCUUCAAUGCUGCUUUUCAUUAUUAUUAUUAAUAAUAUUAACAUUAUUAUUUGUGAUGGUGGUUGUCUCGCCUUCUAUUUUCAUCAGCUACGAUGGGGAGACGGGACCGUUGAGGAAAAUUAGUAGAAUGUAUGGACAGAUGGUGCAGUGAGAUGUCAGCAGAUAUGAAAUGUGAAUAAAAGCCAAGAGAAUUUGAAAAAUGUC